AUGGCCCUGCGAGGCUGCUUCGUGCACCUGCCACGGGCCCCGCGCGGGCCGAGCGGCGGCAGGAGGGCGGCGCGCACAGGUGGCGGCGAUUGGGCGGGCGGGGCCCGGAGGGUGACGUCACGGGCUCGGGUCCCGGCGGCAGAAAUAGGGCAGCCGCGGCGGCGGUGGCACAGCGGCGGGCAGCGGCGGGCUCGGAGAGCUGGAGCCGUGACAGCCUCCCGCGCGCCCGGGACUCACCGACAGCCGGAGAGACCCAGCGAAGGACUCGGGCUCGGUGGCCGCCGCCGCGGCCGCUGCCGGGCGUUCCCUCCCGCUCUGCCGAGUCCGGCUACCUGGUCUUCACCUCGGCCCCGCUGCCCCAGACUCAACAGAAUGGCACCGGGAGGCUUCGGGCUGCACCUCGCUCUGCUGGCAGCCUCCCUAGCCGCUGCAUUGGGAUGGACGGACCCCAGAACCAGCCGAGGCCUGGCCGCAGGAAUGGGGGAGCCGCCGGCAGAGGAGCCGAGAAGAUUUGCAGUCUCAAGAAAAGAAGGCCUCGACCUUGGGCUGCCGACUGCUUGCAGGAAGCUCUGUGGCCGCGGAAGCAGCUGCGUGCGCAGCCAGGAGACUGGCCGGCCUGAGUGCCGUUGUCUGCAGACCUGCCGGCCCAGCUACGUGCCCGUGUGCGGCUCCGAUGGCAGGUUCUACGAGAACCACUGCGAGCUGCACCGCGCCGCCUGCCUGCAGGGGAGGAAGAUUGGGGCAGCGCGCAGCAGGGACUGCUUCCUCAAAGGUGACCCAUGCUCCGUGGCUGACUAUGCCCGCCUGAAGAAUGCCCUUCUGGUGCUCCAGGCCCGCCUGCAGCCCCUGGGAGGAGGGGGCCAUGGGCAGGAGCCCGCCUCGCAGAAGCGCCUGCUGGUGGAAGCACUGUUCCAGCAGCUGGACACCGAUGGUGAUGGCCGCCUGGGCGGUUCAGAGCUGGCCCAGCACAAACUGAAGGAGCAGGACCAGGAGGGAGACUUCCUGGGGUGCUCACCAGGCGACCUCCUUCGCUUCGAUGACUACAACAGCGACGGGUCCCUUACGCUGCAGGAGCUCUACACAGCCUUCCAGGUGGUUCAGCUCAGCCUGGCCCCCGAGGAGAGGGUCCUGGUGACCACCGUGACCGUGGGCAUGAGCACGGUGCUGAGCUGCGCUAUCCACGGAGACCUGCGGCCCCCCAUCAUAUGGAAGCGCCACGGGCUGGCCCUCAACCUCCUGGACUUGGAAGACAUCAAUGACUUCGGAGAGGACGCCUCCCUCUACAUCACCAAGGUGACCACGGUCCACAUGGGCAACUACACCUGCCACGCCUCCGGCCACGAGGAGCUGUUCCAGACCCACGUCCUGCAGGUGAAUGUGCCACCCGUCAUUCGUGUCUACCCAGAGGCUCAGGCCCAGGAGCCCGGGGUGGCGGCCAGCCUGAGGUGCCACGCCGAGGGCAUUCCGGUCCCCAGAAUCUCGUGGCUGAAAAAUGGCAUGGACAUCUCAGCCCAUGUGUCGAAACAGCUCUCCUUCCUAGCCAACGGGAGCGAGCUCCGCCUGGGCAGUGUGAGGUACGAGGACACUGGGGCCUACACCUGCAUCGCCAGGAACGAGGUGGGCGUGGACGAGGAUAUCUCCUCACUCUUCAUCGAGGACUCAGCCAGGAAGACCCUGGCAAACAUUCUCUGGCGAGAGGAAGGCCUUAGCGUGGGAAACGUGUUCUACGUCUUCUGCGACGACGGCAUCGUUGUCCUCCAGCCCGCGGACUGUGAGAUCCAGAGGCACCUCAGGCCCACGGAGAAGAUCUUCAUGAGCUCCGAAGAAAUCUGCCCUCCAGGGGAUGGUGAGGCCCUCCAGCCAUGCCAGUGGGCAUCGGCCGUGAACGUCAGGCACCGGUACAUCUAUGUGGCCCAGCCAACACUGAGCAGAGUCCUGGUGAUCGAUGUCCGAGCCCAGAAGGUCCUACAGUCCAUAGGUGUGGACCCUGUGCCAGAUAAGCUGUCCUACGACAAGUCACAUGACCAAGUGUGGGUCCUGAGCCGGGGGCAUGGGCCGAAGUACCAGCCAAGCCUCCAGGUGCUCACGGAAGCCAGCAGUGGCCAGGGCCAGCACCUGGUCCGCGUGCCCUUUGCCGGAGUGGAGGAUUUCUUCAUCCCCCCCACCAACCUCAUCAUCAACCACAUCAGGUUCGGUUUCAUCUUCAACAAGUCUGACCCCGCCGUUCACAAAGUGGACCUGGAGAGUCUGGGGCUCGUGAAGACCAUCAGCCUGGAGGCCCACGGCUGCGUGCCCCGGGCCAUGGCCCACACGCACCUGGGCGGCUACUACUUCAUCCAGUGCCAGCCGGACCAGGGCAGCGCCCCGCAGCUGCUCCUGGACAGCGUCACGGACUCCGUGAUUGGCCCCAACGGCCACAUUGCCGGCACCCCGCACACGUCCCCUGACGGGCGCUUCGUGGUCAGCGCCACCAGCGGCAGCCCCCAGCUGCAUGUGCAAGAGAUCACGGUGUGGGGAGAGAUCCGGACUCUCUACACCCUGAGGGCCAGCGGGGGUGUCGGGGACGUGGCCUUCCAGCGCUCCUUCACCGAGGGCAACCAGUACCACGCUUACGCCACGCUGGAGGCCGAGCCCGGGCUGCUGUUCGUGGAGCUGGCCACAGGGAAGGCGGGGGUGCUGCAGAACUUGAAGGAGCCGCCCCGGGACCCCGCCCGGCCCUGGGGAGCACCCCGCAGGAUCGUGAGGGACAGUGGGCUGUUCGGACAGUACCUGCUCACACCGGCCCAGGCGUCGCUGUUUCUAAUCAACGGGAGGCAGAAGGCCCUGCGGUGCGAGGUGGCCGGUGUUCAGAGAGGGACCACGGUGGUGUGGGUGGGCGAGGUAUGAGGGACGCCCGGAGCAGAGCUCUCUCUGCACCCCCCAGCAAAGGAGGCCUGCCUGGUCCGGACCCCACAAACCCCCAAGCCAGCGCGCUCUACAUUUUCACAGACAAAAGCAAAAAUCUGUCUCCACUUCGUGGCUCCACACUGGUCUCCUUGCAAUGUCCCGGGCUGAGGCCUGCAGUGCUAGAGAAACCGGGGUGCCCCCCCGGGGAGACUGAUCCUCUGUGCCGAGAGCCCUGGUGCCCGGGGAAGGGACCAGCUGCUCUGCCUGCCCCUGUGGACGCUGGGGCAGUGUCCCGCCUAUCCCCCUGUGGCCUUCACACCCCCACGCCCCCCUGCCGCCGCCCGCGCCCUCCUCUGGGCCCCACUUUCUCCUCUCCAGCUGCUUCUUGAUUCUCUUUCCUUUUGACUCGUUCUGGGCCCGAGGCAGAGCCAGCAGGCCACUGCCUCGGUGGGGUGGGGAAAUCAUCGCUUUAUUUUGGAAACUUUGAUUAAAAAUUAAUUUUCUAUAAUUGCAAGUGCUAGUCAGCAGAAAGAGGCGCCCUGGGGUCCAGCUCCCUGCCGCUGGCCCUCAAGCCUGCCUGUCUCCACACCGCUGACCGCCCUCAGACUGACUGCCGGAGGGCGGACACAGGGACGGACCCCCGGGGCCUACGUUUCACCACCAAAGGGAAAAAUUCUUUGAGUGGGGUUCAGCACCCUCAGUCCAGGACUGUGCUUGCCUGAUGGAGCUGGGGGGCCUGCAGAAAUGCCCCCCCUCCAGGACAUAUUGGGGUCUAUGCGGUUUUCUUAAGCGCACCCUUUCCAACCCAAUUUCUUUGCCGCGGCCCACUGCUGCCUCUCACCCAUACAAAGAGCCUGUUCCAGUGUUUUCGAACCCACGGGCCCCCUCUCCCUACUGACAACACUCCAGCCCACAGAAGAACCCUGAAACCUGGGGCCAGCCCAGCUGCAUGUCCCAAGGGGCCUCAGUUUCCCCUGGCAUCACAGCCCCACCCAGCCGCCUGGGGAGCAGAGCAGACUGUCUUGGUGAGGAGGCACCCUGGAGCUCCCAAAUACCCCUUUUCCUCAGGUCAGGGGCCCAUACACACACGCACGCUCUCCAGCUGGGAUCAUCCUCUUCCAGAUUACCUGGCAUCGGGAGAGGGAGCCCACCACAGACCCCUCAGUAGGCAGGGUCCCCCCACUGCUGUGGCCCCGAUUUUCCUGCCCUGCUGAGGUGUGAACCCUUUCAGGGGAAGCCAGCACAGAGUCUCACACUCGAUAUCACAGCCUCCCCACCACCCCCCGACUGUCCAGCCCUCUGACCCCCAACCUCUGCUGUGUCCCGUCACCCAGAGCAGGACCAAGGGAGCACUCGUGGUUCACCCCUCUGAGGAGAUCCAGGCACAGUCGGGAAGGGAAGAAUCCUUCCUUACAUCCCUGCCCCAGUCCCAACACCCACUUUCAUCAGCGAAAGUCUCCAACAUUCAUGAACUUCUCCCUUGGGAGGAAAAUUCAUGGAAAUUUGAGGGAGCCCCUGGCAGACAGAGUCCCAGAGUCCCUGAGGCCCUGUGAGGAGGACCCUCACCCCCGGGUCCAGAGUGACACGCCAUCUGUCCACACAGCUUUGUCCAGGGUGGCGCUUCUGAGGGAACUGGCCCUAUCAACCGCCACCACUUCCCUUCCUGAGUAGCUGAAGAAGGGCAGGACCAUCACCGCAGACCACAGAUUGCCACCAGCCCCAGGACACAGCAGCUGGACACAGGAACCCACAGCUGGAUAUAGCCCAGGAGGCAAAUUCACGAACGACUGGGGGAUGGAGGAGAGUCUCAUUUUCUCGGCGGUGCCACCAGCACAGGAAAUCCCAUCAGCCCCUGGCUCCUUUCCUCUCCUUUGCAGCCCUCCAAGUCACAGUUUGAAGACCACAGGCUUGAGUCACGCCUGCAGGUAUGAACAGUCACCCCAGCAUGAAUGCCAAAGGUCCAUGGUCACCGGCUGUUUCUCACCACAGAAGGUUUCCUGAUGCCCAAACAUCAUCCCCAAGGCCCCAAAGUCACUGACACCAUGAACUUCCAAAAUGACCUUGGAAAGAAAAUUUCACCAAAAAAAAAAGGAAAAAAAGAAAAAAAUUAAAAACACAAAUGUGCUCACUCUCAUAAAAGCACCCCCAUAAUAAUCUACACUGCUAGGAGAGUAGGGAUUUGAAACACGCCUUCCCAGUCCAGCCCAGGAAGCUGACCCCUGCCUGCAGAUCCUAGGUCCCAGCUGGAAAGUUGGCCAGAAGCGGUUCUGGAGGUAUAAGACGGUGCAGACCACUGCAGAGCGGCCUGGCAGGGCCCCAGACCCCAGGAGAGGCUGCAGCUGCCCUGAGCUGGCACCCACAGGCCGUGGUUGCACCCGCCCUCUCCCCAGCCUUCUGCAGGAGAGGAUCUCAAGAGAGCAGCCUCAGCAGAGGUUCCUGCAGUUCCUGCCUCUGCACAUGAAAGCACUCCAGUCCCAGGCAGGUGCUGGGAACCAGCUUUGAACCCCAAUAAAGCAGAACUCACCCUGCCUGGACCUUUAGGAAGCAGCCUGGAGGUGGCUCCGGGUACCACACGUCUUGUUUUCUGUUGACCACGAACCUGUGAACUAAAGGACAUUUCAGAACUGAGAUGCGAAACAGAUUCAGUCUGGAUAUAUUUUUCUACGAGGGGCUUCAAACGUCAUGGACUGCUCUCUCACCAUUGCACUUCACUCAGACCCACCCGACCAUCUCUCUCCCCACCCCACCCCUGCCCCUCAUCCUCGAUCUACCUCACAUACUGCCACCACCCGCAGAUGGGAACCAGCCGGAGGCCAGAGAGGAGAUGUGGGGUGACCUUGACUGCCAACAUGGAAGUCCCGUGCCAGCUCCCACUCCAAAUGCACUCAGAACCCAUCAGGACACAGCCCCUUGCUGCCGGCGUCCGACCGCAACAGCUACACCCAAGCCCCCAACCCCCUCAACUUAGGCCACAGACACCAGGAAAUUGUCAGGAAACCAAAUGCAAUGGGUGGGAGCGGCCAGACAGGAGUGGGGAAAUCGUGAAGUCAGCCGGGUCCCCUUCCUGAGGGGGCACAAGCUGUACCUGCUCUGCCACAACAGCACCUACAAUCCAGGGCCACACCUCCACAGAGGCCCAUGACCUCACUUUGGGGUCCAAGUUAGAAAUCUCUCAAACGCUACUGUUUGCCCCCCGACUGGCAGACCAAGGUAGACCAAGCAAGUUUUACUCAAGAAAGCUGCCUUGGUUUCCCGCCAAAAUCAUAAUAUGCACAGACUGAGGCUUAAAGGAGUUUAAAGCAGGGGCACAGAAUGCCUGUCUUCACGAUGUGACUGUGGACCCCCCACCCCUGGUGACAUGCUCACUUCCGCCUACUGUCUACACCAGAGGGCCUGCCAAACCACUUGAGGAUCCGAGCACAGCAAACCAGCUCAUGGCCUAUGAGUCUGCAGCUACAUGGGAGAGUCAAUGACACCCAGUAUGUCAACUUCCGGAGCCCGCAUCUCUGUCCAGAGCCACGGCUCCCAUGUCCUCUUCCUGAGGCCUCCUGGACUGACACGGCUCCUUCCCUUUCCCACAUGGGCCGGUUGACACACAUCAUGUUCCAGAGGGCUCCAUGGGCUUAGCUUGUAUCCCCACAAAGCAAUAACUGAUGAAUCACCCUGACCCCAGGUCUGGUGGCACAAGGCCCUCCCCAUCAGCAUGGCCAGAGGGGCAUCCAUGGCCCUUUGGAAACACGCCCCCCCCCACACACACACACCCCUCCUCUGCAAGACAGAGCUUUGUCUCCAAGAAAGCCGACCUGUCCCUUGUGGUCCGAGUGUCAUGAGCUCUGAGAGGAGAACAUUUCCAGAACCAUCCUCCACUGGCUGGCGUGACCGCUGCCAGAGGCAUGAGAGUCCCUGGUUCUCUGUGACUUCAGCUGCUUCCGAGAUGAGGGGCCACAGUCUGUCAGGCGCCCCUGCCCAGACCCACAGCACCCGCUUCUUGGCUCCCCUGCCCACACCUACUGGCCUCUGUGAAAAGCCAGUGCCCUGUCCCCAGCCCAGCCUGUCCCCUCUCUCCCUCGCUGCUUGUGCUUGGGAAGGCCAUGUGAGGGGCUCUCAGAGCAGAACUGGGCAUGGAGUUUUGCUGGCGGGGUCCCACACACCUUCAUGCUGUCAUAUUGCUGAAUGGCCCUCGAGCUAACUAAGUCAUACACGUCAUAGGUCCCGUUCAGAUCCCUCCCCGCCCCCCAACACCCCACCGCCCACCUCAGAAAUCUCCGAUCUCUUAUGUCAAGGCAAAUCACAUUAUUUUGAGCAGUUGUGUAUACUCCAAAAUAUAUUUUCUGUAAUCACUGGUAUUUCUCAAAAGCCCUCCUGGAAUUACUAUACAUGUGAAUUUUUCCUUAUUUAUAAAAUAUAUAUAAAUUAUUUUUAAUACAUCAACUUUAGUAGAGAUUUGUACCGACAUGGGAGCCGGACGUGACGUUUGAAAUAAGUUUGUGUUUACUUUGAUGUUUCACCCAGUAGCAGACACACCAGGUCUCUCCACUUGAUAGAAUGACGAUUCACAGAUUAUCAUUGAGUAUUGUCACUGUAAAUGCUCUUUUUCUGAGGAUUUUUUAAUAAAACCCAAGAAACAUGA